AUGUACGUACCUGUGGAGGAUUCGGAUUUCAUUGCGGCAAUUGAUCGAGCAGUUGGCGACGAUGUGGACGUCUUAUCCAUAUCUUUUGGAAUGGAUCAACCCCUGCUCUACGAGGACCCGAUUGCCUUGUCGACAUUCGCUGCCGCCAUUGAGAAGAACGUCUUCGUCGCCCUUGCCGUCGGGAACAACGGCCCAUCGUACCAAACCCUUAGAAACGGAUACCAUGGGUGCUGA